UAGUAGUUGAUCUUCCGGUGCGGUCCCAUGUCGAUGACGUCACACUUGUACGCGGGAGAAAUUCGAAAAUGUCCAUUUUGUGCAAUGGGACAGGUGAACAACUACUGAUUAUUUUCUGGACUUGACUGGCUUAUAUCUUCAGAAGAAACUAUGGAAAGCCACGAAUUUAUUGUCCUAUAUACUCAUCAGAAGACGAAGAAGUCAAAAGUGUGGCAAGAUGGGAUUCUGAAGGUCACUCACAUAGGAAACAAAGCAACUUUAUAUGAUGAUAAAGGAACAUGUUUGGAAACUCUAUUUCUUAAGUGCCUUGAGGUGAAGCCAGGAGAUGACUUGGAAAGUGAUCGAUACUUAAUCACAGUUGAGGAGGUUAAAAUUGGUGGGAGUAGAGCAGUUAAACAGGAUAUCAUUGAAACAACAGAGCCCAAUUUAAGGAAGGUAUCUUCUGGCCGCUCUCUUGGAUGUCAACCUGCUGGGUUAAAAAGGAAAUUCACUGGUUAUCAAAGACCACAUCAAGUUCCAGAGAAAGUGGUUGUUACAGAAAAUGCUUCAUCAGCUGAAACAUUGGAGACUGAGAAACCCCAUCUUCCCUUUUUUCCUCCAUUCUCAAGCACUCUUCCUUUGUUUUCUACUGUUGGCAAAAGAGAUCUAAAUAAUAUGCCAACAGUCCCUGAGAACGUGGUCCCUUAUAAGAACAUAGAAAGAAAUAACACACCUUGUUCUUCAGUUGUCUCUACUUCAUCCUUCAAUAGUGACCCAAAACUGCUAAGCGAAGAAAGUUACUUUUGCUCUUCUAUCAAUUCUCAAAGUAAACAUUCAGACUCUCUACUGACCAAAGAGCCCAUAAGUAGAAAUAGUUUAGUAUCUCACUGUGAAGUUUCACAAACCAUCAGAAGCAAAGCACAGAUAUUAGCUCUUCUGAAGUCCAAAUCAAACCUAAAUUUUGAGAUUACAAGACAUUUUUCUCAGGUAGAACCACAAGGAAGUUCUGAAAAAAAUCCUACUACAUCCAAGCACUUAGUUCAACAGGAAGAGUAUGCUCAGACGAAAGGCACAGAAAAGCUACGUGAUGAGCAACCAUCAGAAAAUCCUAGCAGAUAUAAAAGCCGGUGGGCCAUAUAUCUACCCUCACAGAGUUGUACUGUAGAUGAGGAUGAUAGAGAGGGGGAGCCCGAGUCCCAGGAAGAUGAUAUAAGUUUGAAAAACUUUUUGGCACAAAAGACCCUCGAAGCAUGCCCUGAAAAUGGAAAAAAGUAUCAUGAAGACAACAACAACCAAUUCUGGAAUCAAGAAGAAAAAUUAGAAUCUCUUCCGUUCUGUGAAAGCAGCAGCUUACCGGUUAGUUGUAACAGUACAGAAAAUGAUGAUUUAUUAUUGGCAUCCAAUAAUCAAAAAAGUAGUGAAAUCUCUCUUAAUCAUAAUGGAGUAUGCAUAGAAGAACCAGUUUGCAUUAGAGAAAAGGUAGUCUAUACACAUGGACUGAUAGAACAAGACUAUAAGCCAGUGUCACCUCUGCCAAAAUCAGAACAUAUACAAGGUGAACCUCUUCUACAUAACAACAACUCUAGUCUCUCUGAUGGUACUGCAGGCAUGUCUUCUGAAUGUCAUACUGAGAGUGAAAGUCUGAAUGCUGUUUGUGAACUUUCACAACCAUCUAUAGAGGUAACUUUUAAUCUAAGCAAUUUUGAGAUCAGUGACACCGAUGAGGAAUCACUGGAAAGCAACAAACAUUCCCAGGAUUCAGAGCAAGGGGAAGAAGAAAUUUUGGUUAAUGAUGGCAAUUCAAGUGUUCAAAAGAGUUGUGAGGAUAUAAACUGUCAAAAAAUUGGUAAUGAACCUUUACCACUCUUAACAGCUAUUGGUGGCAAACUUAUGGAAAUAUUGCCCAGAAAAGAGCCUCUGUUAUCAGAGUUUUGUGAUAGAAUUUGUGUGGGUUUUGACACUGGAGCUUGUAAAGAUGUAAACACUGGAAAAGCGAUAGAGGAACAGGAUAGGGACACAGUAAGCAAUUUUGACUUGUCCUUAGAAUGGGAUGUUGUUGAUGAGCAUGCGGAUAGCAAUGAAGGUGCUGAAAAAUCUAUCCAAAAAAUUAGAAGUAACUAUGAUUGUGUUUCACCUUUGAGUAAGUCUGAAGGUUUAAAAAGGAGCUUACAUAUGCCUUACUUUUCAGACACAGUCACUAAUCAGACUCCUAAAAACAAUUAUGUGUUUUCAGAAGAUGCUCACUCUCAGUCUUCUAUUUUGGAAAGUAACUUAGACAAAAAUGAACAUGAGGUUUUAACACCAAUCUCUAACACUGAUGAUAAUAUCCAACUAUUAAAUACCAGUAAGGAUCACUCUGAAUAUAUUACCUUUGAUAAAUCAAAAACUCAAGGCUUCAAUUCUUUAGUUUGCCCUCUGAGAGAAAACCAUCCCAUUUCUGAAGAAACUGAGGCAUGUAUUCUGGAGCCUGAAGAUUUGGAAAGGAUUACAAGUUCACCCCAGGACUGUAUUGCAGUUGAAACCACAAGGAAAAGCACACAUUCCUGGAGUUACUCUAGAGAUUGUUCAGAACUUCCUAGGGUAGUAAAUAACUUUUCUCUCUUAAAAUCACUAUCUGAACAUAGUACAGCCUUAGAAAGCUUAGAAAUAUUUCAAAAGAAAGACUCUGCCUUUCAACAACGAGGAAUUGAGCAAACAUAUGAGCCAGAUAGCAGUCCUAAAGCUAGGAAAACAUUUACUACAGUAGUUUCACAAGCUAUACCAGUAUCUCCUCAACUAAAGCAGGAUUCUCAACAGGUUCUACCUGAAAAUGAAGUUGAGCCAAGUGAACAACUUGAGCCUCUACCAUUCUUUCCUUUGGGAAAUGAAGAUUCUGCAUUUCAAGCAGUUACUCCUAAAGAAAUAGAAGGAAACGUCUGUGAUCCUAAGUUCUUUCCUGUGGGAAAUGAAGAAAAUUCUGCAUUUCAAGCAGUUAUUCCUAAAGAAAUAGAAGGAAAUGUCUGUGAUCCUAAGCCUGUUGAGUUUCAAGGGCACCAAGUGAAAGGAUCAGCUACUAGUGGUGAAAUGGUCAGAGGACAUCGCUCACAGCUGGUAGAACGCAGUCACUUGCCAAAUAGCAUGGAAUAUAAAGACUUCAUGACAGAUAUGUGCUUCUUGGCUCCAGAUUUGCCUAGCACUUAUAUGCAGGCUGACGUCUUGGAGGUAAUAUCGCCAGAACAAAAGAUCUCUACAUUGAAUCCAGCCUCUCCUUUUUCUUUGAACUCAAGAAAUGAAGACGUUGUGAUUGAGUUCUCCGAGGAAUCUCUGAAAGCAAGAACUUUACCUGGAAUGAAAAAAUCUAGUUCUCUACAGAGUAAGAUCCUUCAAAGGCCUCCCUUUGUAAGUAGAGGCCAGAUUCCUUUUGCUACUCUGCCAUCUGCUGACAGGUCAGAUGACUUAGAUUCUUCUUUUGUGACUGGCUGUGAACAAUCAUCUUCUAAUUCUCCUUUGUUCAACUUGUGUGAGGAGUCAGAAGUUCUUCCUUUUAGCUUUGGGCUUGAGGACCAAAGUGAAACUUUUUCCUCUGAAGUAUUUAGGGAAAUGCCUCCAGGAGAUGUUUCAAUGCUUGGUAUUAAAUCUACUCAAAGCAAGUGGCUAAAAUAUCAAAACACACCCCAAUGUGACUUGACUGCUCUAAACAGAGUUGAGAGAAAAGUAAAAGAUGAGUUCUUUGCUGAGAUGCUUUCUGGGAUGCAUUUUAGUGAUCUGAGUGAAAGACAAGGUGAUGCUAUAAAUGAAAGCUCUGUAGAUUCUGUGCAUUUACAAAUGAUAAAAGGCAUGCUCUAUCAACACCAGGAUCUUAGCAGUCAAGAUUUGGUUUCUAGAAAGAAAGCACUUUCUUCAAAUUUAAAGCAGACUUCCAAAACUGAGGAAAUUCAAAAUGUGUUAGGAAGGUCUGCCUGCUUCAGCUACAGUGUAACUGUUUUACAGGAGAUAAAUGGCUCUGAGCUAUGCUUCCCAAGUAGGCAGAAAAUAAAAUCUGCUUUCCUUCCUCAAAGGCAGAUUCACAUACCAGCUGUUUUUCAGUCUCCCAUACAUUAUAAGCAGACCUUUACAUCUUGUAUCAUAGAACAUCUAAAUAUAUUGCUAUUGGGGUUGGCCCAAAGGCUACACAAAGCACUUUCAAAAGUUGACAUAUCAUUUUACACAUCAUCGAAAGGAGAGAAUCUGAAAAAUGUAGAAACAAGUUUACCAUCCUGCCGUCAUAACCAGCCAGCAAAACUUGUCAUGGUUAAAAAAGAAGGUCCAAAUAAGGGUCGUUUCUUUUAUGCAUGUGAUAGACCCAAAGCCGAUCAAUGUAAGUUUUUCAAGUGGCUGGAAGAAGUGACUCCAGGAGGAGUGGCACAGGAAGAGUCUCAGCCCAGCAUGGUUUUAAAUGAUAUUAAAAGCAUUGGCUUGUAUUUGAGAAGUCAAAAGAUACCAGUCUAUGAAGAUUGCCAGCUUUUAGUGAGAAAGGGAUUUGAUUUUCAGAGAAAACAGUAUGGCAAACUAAAGAAGUUUGCUACAAUAAAUCCUGAAUUUCAUAGUGAAACCAAAAGCAAACUUUACCUUAAGCUGAGUAGGAAGGAAAGUUCUUCAGUUUAUAGCAAAGAUGACCUUUGGGUGGUUUCAAAAACUCUAGACUUCGAACUAGAUACAUUCAUCGCAUGUAGUGCUUUCUUUGGACCAUCCUGUACCAAUGAGGUGGAACUGCUACCUUUGAAAGGCUAUUUCCCUUCUAACUGGCCUACAAACAUAAUGGUCCAUGCAUUAUUGGUCUGUAAUGCCAGCACAGAGCUGACUACUUUGAAAAACAUUCAGAACUAUUUUAAUCCAGCUACUCUACCACUAACACCUCACCUAUUAACCAUGUCUUCAUCAACUACAGUUAGCAGUAAGAAUGUCAGUAAGAGAAAAUUUAUUCCACCAGCCUCUGUAAAUAUCAACACAAAAUCUGAGCUCCUCAGCCUAGGAGCAACAUUGCAGUUAGCCAGUGAGUUCAUUCAGACACACAAGUUAAACAAGGACCAAGCUACAGCUCUAAUUCAAAUCGCUCAAAUGAUGUCAUCCCUGGAAAGUGUUGGUGAAGUGAAGGAAAUGUGCAUCCACACCCUUCCUAUCACAGUCAUACAUGGUGUUUUUGGAGCAGGAAAAAGCUAUUUGCUGUCAGUAGUGAUUUUGUUCUUUGUACAGCUAUUUGAAAAGCGUGAAGCUCUUGCUGCUGGAAAUGCAAGGCCAUGGAAACUUCUGAUUUCUUCUUCCACUAAUGUAGCUGUGGACAGAAUCCUUCUUGGGCUUCUUGGUCUUGGAUUUGAAAAGUUUGUCAGAGUCGGGAGUCUUAGGAAGAUUGCCAAGCCAAUUUUACCUCAUAGUUUGCAUGCUGGCUCAGAAAAUGACAAUGAACAAUUAAAAGAACUCCAUGCACUCAUGAAAGAGGACCUGACACCUGUGGAAAGAGUCUAUGUAAGAAAAAGCAUUGAGCAGCAUAAGCUGGGGACCAACAGAAUGCUGCUGAAGCAGGUCCGAGUAGUUGGUGUUACCUGCGCAGCCUGCCCGUUCCCAUGUAUGAACGACCUGAAGUUCCCUGUCGUCGUGCUGGAUGAGUGUAGCCAAAUGACGGAGCCCUCCUCUCUGCUUCCCAUUGCAAGGUUUGAGUGUGAAAAGCUUAUUCUUGUUGGAGACCCCAAACAGCUGCCUCCCACAAUUCAGGGUUCUGAUGCCGCUCAUGAAAAUGGAUUGGAGCAAACUCUUUUUGAUCGACUUUGCCUAAUGGGUCACAAGCCAGUUAUGUUGAGAACCCAAUACCGCUGUCACCCUGCAAUCAGUGCAAUUGCUAAUGAUCUCUUCUAUGAAGGAAACCUCCUGAAUGGCAUUUCUGAGCCAGAGAGGAGCCCUUUGUUAGCCUGGCUCCCCACCCUGUGUUUCUACAACGUUCCAGGACUUGAACAGAUGGAAAGAGAUAACAGCUUUUAUAAUGUUGCAGAAGCAGCUUUUACACUCAAGCUAAUUCAAUCACUGAUUGCGAGUGGAAUAGCCGGCUGUAUGAUUGGGGUGAUAACAUUAUACAAAUCCCAGAUGUACAAGCUUUGUCAUUUACUCACCACUGCUGACUUUGACAAUCCUGAUAUAAAAAAUGUACAAGUUUCCACCGUAGAUGCUUUUCAGGGAGCUGAAAAGGAGAUCAUUAUUCUGUCUUGCGUACGCACACAACACGUAGGAUUCAUUGAUUCAGAAAAACGAAUGAACGUUGCACUGACCAGAGGAAGGAGGCAUUUGUUGAUUGUGGGAAAUUUAACCUGCUUGAGAAAGAAUCGACUAUGGGUCCGUGUGAUCCAACACUGUGAAGGAAGGGAAGACGGACUGAAGCAUGCAAGCCAGUGUGAACCACAGCUGAACCAUCUUCUUAAAGACUAUUUUGAAAAACAAGCAGAAGAAAAACAGAAGAAAAAGAGCACUAAAGAGAAAUGUAAAGAAAAAUCUCAUUUGCAGACAGUCAUGGUCUAGGAAUUUUGUAUUUAUGUAAAUUGAGACUAAUUUUACACUAUAUAAUUUCAUUACUGUAAAACUCUUGAUAUUGAAAAAAUCUUAUUCUUAUGAUAAGUAAUGUAUUAAAUGGACACAACU